AGCCUCUUCUUCAUCUCGACUCUUGCGCGGGCGGCAGCGAGCCAGUCGCCAGCUCCCACCAUCUCCCAAAUCUCCAGCGAUAUCUAAUGCCCUUAUGACUAGUCAAGGAUUUACAUGGAAAUUACGACUAGUUCAGCACUCCUUAUUGCGCUCGGCGCACGCAUACUGUUGAACUCCAUAUUCGUCGGUCUUGACGCGACACCCUCCACCCCUGACUGCUUGCUGAAUGGCCUCUUCCAAGGAGUCCUCCUCUACACGUCCCUCACGCAGCUGCUCAUCUUGGUCGUGCCCGUGGGCUUCGGGAUCGCGGCGAAGCUCCUGCUGGACUACUCCCGCAGCUUUGACGCCACGCAGUGCGUGUGCACGCUUCUUGGUGUGGCACUCGGGGUCGUCUUCACGGACGUGCUCUCCAAGACCCUCGAGGACUCCAAGACGACCGAGACGACGAAGACGACAACGCGGACACGCACCACCCCCGCCGUGCCGCGCGAGACGCACGAACCAAGCAGACGCCUGCGGCUCGUGUCGUUUGACCGGCAGGAACGCACACGGCAUCGGCGCGAGGAAGGCCACAGACACCACCGCGACUCGGACGACCACGAGCGCGACCGGGACAGAGAACGCGAGCGGAACCCCCGCCGCCUCGAAGUACGCCCCAUCACGCCUACGCUCACCUACGCUAGUACCGCACCCUCCAUCUCCCUCGACUCCGUGCCGUCGUCCAUUGACCCGGACGGCCGCAUGACCCCGCAGGAACGCGCGGUGGCGGUCCUCCGUGCACGCGCGAGCCUCGCAGACUCGGAGCGGCGCCGGUUCAAGGAGGAGCGCAAGUGGGCGCUGAGCCAGGGGAACUUUGCGCGUGCGAGCCAGCUGGCGUGGCAGGUGAAGAGGUUCUCGGCGCUCAUGGAGAGUUUCCACCGCGAGGCGGACGUGAAGGUCGUUGAAGCUGCACGCGCGGCGGCCGAGCAACAACAGCCAGCCUCAGGUACGGAGCGCCCUCGUCGCACCUCGCAGAGCAAAGCCAGCAAACGAAGCCAGCAGGCCGCGUCCUCUUCGGUGCCGUUCCCCGGACAGGCCUCGACGUCUGCAGCGCCCGAUCGACAGCCGCUCGUGAGCGUCACCGUUGCAUCAGCACCUCGACAUAGGAAGAGAAGUUCCGGGACCAUCCGGCCAGCUAUUCAUGUGCAAGGUCGAGAGAUCAAUGUGACGCGAUGAUUAACUGCGACCGGCUAGCUUGAAGCUGUCUGUUCAAUCACGCGUCUUGCUUCCGAAAGCAAUACUGGCGUGGUCGUAGACUGUCGGGAUGCGAUCGCGCACACUGGCGAUACCAAAUGCAGUCGCCGUCGUUGGUCGGUGAGGGACAUGUCGGCUGCUUUUGAUGAUAUUGGAGGACCAUCAAGCUGGUUUGUGACUGUACUGAUACUGUAGAGCUCCUUGGACGUGCGACCACCCGGAAAUGUAUUUGUAGUUCAUGCUCACUCUGGGAGUUCAUAGGCCUGACAUCCUGCUCAUCCACUCUCGUGCGCGUCGCAGCCCGGGAUU